AUGACCGACUCGGAAGCAGGCAAAGCAUGGCCCGACCCCUUGAACCGGGUACCCACCACUGCAAGCAGUGAAUGGCAAGGCACUCUGCAAGAGCAGCUCGCGACCUGGAACUGGCACGAGGCCGAAUACCACCAAGGCCAUCACUGCGAUUUCACUAAUGAUGGUAAUGGGUACAACCGCAUCGGCGUCGCGCUUGCCGCACUCGACCUAAACGCCAAACCGGCUACCGAAGGAGGAAAGAACAAGGGCUACUCAGUUGAACACCUAGAUCCUGAGGAAGGGUACGAGAAUGGAGAGCAUGUACCGGCCAACGACCAAAUGUACGCCGUGGGACGGGACACGUACACCGCUACUGGAGGACAUUACCGCUUCGUCAUCAACGCAGAACAAGGAGCGCUUUUCGUCCAGUCCCUCGACGCACCCCGCCACGCUGCAACGCAGAACUGGGCCCAAACGCCCCGUCCCAACGAACUUCCCCGUCUCCAGUUCGCGUCAGAUAUUCUAGCGGGUUAUUGGUCAAGAACGCCUAAUCCGAAGGGUUUGAAGUAUUACUUCGCGAACAAUGUGGUCAAUGAGGAGACAUUACCGCUGAUCAACAAGGUACUGCAGGAGAGUGGGUAUGACAGGAUACCGGAGUGGCCUGGUGUACGUGUUAGUGCGGAUAGCGAAGAAGGGACUGUUUUGGUUGGCUCACCCAUAGGCGCAACACUCGCGUACCUCCUUCUUCAACACAAAGCCGCACUCGGCGAUAAGCGCAUCACCGAUAUCACUAUCUUUCGAGAUUACAAAGCGAAUCCGUCGUUUCAGGCAGAUAUCCAAUUGCUCUUUCGUAUUGAAGACGUUCCGGAGGAUGUUCUAAGGCCUGACGACAUGGAUACGGGGGUUGUGGUUUUCAAUUUACAUCCGGACAUUAACAAGGAGGAUGUCUUCAAGAGGAGGGAUAGUGUGGUGGAGGCGGUUAAUCCAAGGAGAAAUGUGCAGAGAUUGCAUCAGAAACGAAAUCCGUGUGUCAUAUCAGCUAUGAAGAUUGCUACACUACUUCUUACCGUGAUCUGUGUACCACUGGUCUACAGCAAGCAUGUGGAAGAUUCCUUUGGCUCCUCCAACAGCACAGCCUUCCCACCAAGCCUUCUAGAUCGUCGCGAUAGCGCAGUGAGCAUCCCAUCUACCAACGACAAAGCCUCCGCCUCCGAGCCGAAUCUAGUCCAGACUGCUGUGGACUUCGACCCCACCGAAUACGCGAACGAUGCCAGCUGGGACAAGUACAAGAAGAAAGGCAAUUGGCUGCGUUGCCUCAUGGAAAUGCCAGACGAGGUCGCCGGCCGAAACUGGCCCAACUACCUGGAUCGUAAUCCGCCAUCAGCGGCAAGCCAGUGGAAGGGAACGCUUGAAGGCAGGUUCUAUCCAUUCCAUCAUCAUCCUUACGCAGCCAUUGACACUGACAUGCAUCCAGCCGAGCUAAGGGAUUGGUACUGGCACGAAGCCUACUAUGACCCGGAAAUCAACUGCGACUUUUCGGACGACUUCGCAAACUUAGAGAUAAACAACAGAAUAGAGGCUGCGCUGAAUGAACUCGGAUUGAAUACCAAGCCGGUGGAAUUUGGUGGCAAGAACAAGUGUUACUCUAUCGAGCAUAUGGAAGAGGACGCGGUGGAUGAUGAUGGUUAUGAGCUCCCGGUAGACAUGCAGACUUACUUCCCUGACGACGACGACGACAAAGAGUAUGGCGCCACUGGAGCUUAUUACCGCUUCGCUUUCAAUGCUGAACAAGGAGCAAUCUACGGCCACAACUUCCUCGCCCCCUGGCCCGCCGCCAUGGACACCUACGCCGAAGGCUUCCCAGCGGACCAACUCCCUCUCCUCCGCCAAGCCUCCGACAUCAUGGCCGCCUUCUGGCUGCGCAACCCCAAUCCCAAAAACCUAAAAUACUGGUUCGGCAGCAACAUCAUCAACGCCGAAACCGUACCCGUCGUCAACCGGAUUCUCGUAAGCAAGGGCUAUAAAGAGGUACCGGAAUGGCCAGGUGUCCAAGUAGACGAUUCCAGUGAGGAGUAUCUCGCACUCCUAGGCACACCCGUCGGCGCAAAUAAAGCGUUUAUGCUGCUCCAACACAAGGCGGAAUUGGGGUUAAAACAUAUUCCCAGUAUUACGAUUUUCCGGGAUACAAAGGAUCCCAACCGCCCGGACGAUGCGCCGGCAUACCAGCUUUUGUUUCGGAUUGAAGAUGUACCGCAGGAUGAGGUUAUGCCUGAUGAUACGGAGAUUGUGGAUCAGGAGAUGACGGGCUCUGCGUCCCGGAUGAGAAGAGGACAGAGGAAGGAUAGUUUGGUGGAGUUGGAUUUGGGGAAGAAUGUUGGGAGGUUGCAUAGGAUUAGUAUAGAUGGGCGGGGGGAGACGAUGUUGCAGAGCCAUGAGUUUGAGCGGGAGUUGUGA